CUAAAUAUCGACGCGGAAGUUUGUCGGAGUUGGUUAGUUUUUGUUAGUAAUAAACAAAAAACUUUGGUUGAAUAUGUCGAAUAUAUGCUUGUUUGCGAAGGAAAUUACAAAUUUGAGCUGAACUGUUGCGGUGUUUUCAAGCUGAAGUCGUUUUGGUCCAGACUCCUGUGAGUCUGCAUGCAAACAGUUAGCGGACUUGCAGUGUUCCCUGUAUGGUGAAGAUGGAGGCGCUCUACACUUUAGAGAGGGAGGUAGGACGCGGAAGCUAUGGCGUGGUCUUUGAGGGCCACAUGGCCAAAACAGGACAACGGGUUGCUAUCAAGCGGUUGCCUUGCAACAACCCAGAAUCUAUUGAACUCUAUCUGAAAGAGCUGUGGGCCAUGAGAGCCACAGCCAAGAACCACAUCAAUGUCAUAGCCCUCCAUGGCUGCCUUUUACAGACAGGACCAAGGAGUCUGAAGAACCUAAAACCAGGAAAACUACCUGUACGUCUCGUAGAGAGUGUAAUGAAGGGCACUGUCUCUAGGCUGGCACAAACUGAGGAAAGAAGCGCUUCCCGGUCUAACUGUCAGAGGAGGAAUAACACUCGUUCAAGACUUGAGGACAACACUUGUGUUAGUCAAGCCAGACCCAAGCUCCAGGACAGAACUAACUCACCUAUAUCAAAUACUGAGACCCCACGAACGCCUCAGAGCAGAGUCGGGAAAAGAUCAGCCCAGAGGGAGGAUGAGGAAGAACAGCAGCAGGUACAGCAGCGCUGCUUGGCUCUGUGGCUUGUGAUGGAGUACUGUGACGGGGGAGACUUGAAUCAGUACCUGCUCUCCAGACCUCCUGAUUGUCAGGAUAAUCACACUGUUGUGCAGCAGCUCAGCGGUGCUGUGGCAUUCCUGCAUGGUCUGGGUAUCACCCAUCGUGACCUGAAGCCGGACAAUGUGCUGGUCUGCCUCACCCGAGAAGGACCUGUUGUCAAGGUGGCAGACUUUGGUCUGAGUAAGAUGAGUGAUGGCCUGAUGGAGGGUGAUCAGACCAGACAACACUUCUCCUCCACCUGUGGCUCAGACUUCUACAUGGCUCCAGAGGUUUGGGGCGGCUUGAUGUACACGGCCCAGGCGGACAUUUUUUCCUUGGGCGUGAUGUUCUGGGCUGUCCUGGAGAGAAUCACUUUCCUGGAAGAAGGCACCACGCAGGAACAACUGGGUUGGGUCAUGCUUGGGAGCAUGUGCCUAUCCUGCAUGCAUGCCAGAACUGCUUCGGGUGCUACCGGGCAACCACCCAGGCCAACCUGCAGUCCGUCCUUAUCUCAUUAUGGAAAUUACCUUCUAUCUGGUGCAGCCAGGUGUUCGGCGGACGUCAUUUGGCACCUGUCUGCUGGUUUGUGCUUUGUAAAAACAUUCCACUCGGACGUUGUGUCACAGCCAAUGCUGCCUCACAUUGUGCAUAGUUGUCCAGUGUUUCCCGAUGCGGGGGUGCAAAAAUAUGAAAUAUGACAAUUUGUCUCCCUGAAAUCUUGCGAUAGUUUUCAUGAUGUGCAGAUAUGCCAGUCCUGCAUUGAACAUGAACUGAAGAUAAAGAAUGAUGGUUUGAUGGGGUGACUUCAGGUCAGCUUGAUGUGUUUUUGGGAUACACUUGGACAAAACAAAUAACAUCAUACUUCCCAGAGGUCUUUGCACUGACCAGAGACUUGUAGCCAAAGCACAGGAUUUUCUGUUUCACCACAUGUGCCAUAACUCUUUAACUUCUUUCUUAUUCACAUGAAUUAAUCACGAGUAUCAUGUAAUCCUUGGAUUUUCUGAGCAUUUUAUAUUGUUCCCUUAAAGAAAUUUUUCUUCCAUUUUUCCUUUAAAAUUUCCCAAUUAUUUCCUGUGGCUACAAUUAUUGUUUCAUGUCAUCUAGAUGUUGUAUGAGCCUGUUUUAUUAUUAAGCAGAUAUACUCCUCAGUGUUAAUGUAGAGUGAAUAGUGAGUGGGCCGGUACCACGACAAGUUGAAUAUCCCACUUUGACGAUUCAUUUUUGGAUGAGAAGACAUUCCGUGCGGGCAGGUAACUAUGAGGGCAGGUGCUGUUUUUGCUCUUUAACAAUUAUGAUGUAAUAUCACUUGAGUCUGUUCUUUAAUACCCUGUAAUAUAUACCUGUGGGUGAUCAUGAGAUGACAUCAUCAGAAUAGUGAAACUGUUGUAGUCACUGGCUCUCAUUCACAAAGAAAGUAGGCUGGCAGCUUGGGAUAUUAACAGUCCUAUUCAGGUUUAUGAUCUGACAAUCGGUGAGCCUCAGUCCGUUAUAUGAUGAGCAAGUAGAAUUCAGCUGAUCACAAACCAUUUUGUCAGUGAGUGAAAUGGGGUUGAGGCAGCUGGAAGGUUUUUAUGGACAGCUUAAAUUAUCCAUUUGGUGUGCUUGCUUCAGCACAAAGGUGUUAAUUUCCCACUAUGGGAUGAGAUGUCUGCUGACAAAUUAAUCUUAUGGUUACAAAUGUGAUAUGCAUGAUCUACAAAUGGAAAGAAAAGAUUUUCAGAUGUGUGCAAUGAUUUCUGCAUAAUUUGAAUUAAUGGUAACGUGUUCCAAAUGCCAAGCUAUCGGGGCCCAUGUAAGAUAAUUACAAGUACACAAAUGCACCAUCCUAAUUUUAUUCCUCACAGAGAUUUAAAUGUUCUAAUUUCACAGAUGUGCAAAAUGUGUGUGCAUGGAUCAUCUAAUAUGUGUUGUGUUCUUGUGCUGGUGGGGAAAAACUAGGACAUCUGGGGUUUCAGUGGGCUCAUGUUUAAUUUCAAGGUGGGAAAGUUCAGUUUAAAUGCAUGACAUCAGCUAUCCAAAGUAACGGAGAGCGUGGUAGACGGGAAGAGCGUGCAGGCAGGGUGAGGAAAGGUGGCAGGAGCAAUUUGUGACAAGAUAUCUGCAAAAGGGAACGUUUUCAAGGCUGUAGCGAGACCUGCUAUGUUGUGUGGUGACGCUAACACAAAGACGGGAGGCACAGCUGAAGAUGUUGCAAUUUUCUUUGGAAGUGGGUUAUAAAUGAACACAUCAGAGGGACAGCACAGGUGGGAUGGUUUGGAGACGGAGAGGUGAGAUUGAGGUGGUUUGGACAUUUACAGAAGAGGGACAGGAGGGUAUAUAGGGAGAAGGAUGCUGAGCAUGGAGCCACCAGGCUAAAGAGGCUGUUUAUGGAUGUGCUGAAGGACGACAUGCAGACGUUUGUUGUGAGAGAUGAAGAUAUUAAAAAUGGUUAGUUUUGUAGUUGUCUACUUGAUAAAUGAACUUUAUUUGAAAUGCAGCACACAAUGAUCCGAGUAUAAAAAUCUACAAAUCUUAAAGUUCCACCUUCAUUUCCAUUUCUUCCUCAUUUCUUAAGACCCUCCAGCUCUGUAUUCACUCAUGCAGCUCCCUGCAGCCUCUAUAGUUCCUGUCGGGGAGGAACUUCCUGUAUGAUGAA